GUCGGUCCGUGUUCUGGCGCGCUUCACGUCUCAGCGGUGCGCGCUACAUACCCAAGUGCGCGUGAGCCGAACUGAAAAGAAAGUCAAUCCCAGUCAGAGAAAGUAGUUUUUUUUUUAAAACAAAACUUUUGACGAUUAUUGUUUGAAAACAUUUUUGGAGGAUUUCUUUUCUUUUCUUUUUUUGUUGGAUUACGGACGCAGGGGUUUCUCUCUCUUGGUGCGCGCGCGGAGGUGGACGAUGAGCGAUCGCGCGCUGUGGGUAGAGGAGACUCGGUGGCUCCGAAGUACAGAGGUGAUAUGCUGAUGGUGGCAGAGUGAUGAAUUGACUCACAGGCUGAGGGAUGUCCCUGCGGCUGCUCCUGCUCCUGUUAACAUUCUCCUCACAAACACAGGUCUCUUUGGCUAUAAAGGUGCUGCGGGAGCAAUGGGCCGUCUACAGGAAUGAGUGCAUUCAGAGCUUCAGCAGCAGCCCCCCUGCUACAGGUUUGGUGUGUAACAGGACUUUUGAUCACUACACGUGUUGGCCUGAUGGCUCGCCGGGUUCCAUCGUUAACGUUUCCUGUCCGUGGUAUCUGCCGUGGUAUAGCAAAGUUAAGCAGGGUAGAGUGUAUCGAGUGUGUGGUACAGACGGUCGCUGGGCCAACAGUAAAAACACCACAGAGUGUGACGAAAAUGAUGUUCGACUGGAAGAGUACUGGCAGAUUGUAAGUAAAUUCAGGGUCAUGUAUACAGUGGGUUACUCGCUCUCUCUGGCAGCUUUGGUCCUUGCUCUUGGAAUCCUUGCAGCUUUCAGGAAGUUACACUGCACGAGGAACAACAUCCACAUGAAUCUGUUCGGCUCCUUCAUCCUGCGUGCCGUGUCCAUCUUAGUGAAGGACGCGCUGCUGGAUCUGAUCAACACACAGACAGGACGAUACCAUCACCAGGACCAGAGCGUGUUCGACAUCAAGAUAACUGCAGGAUGCCGGGUCGCCAUGGUGAUGAUGCAGUACAGCGUGAUAGCAAAUAAUUACUGGCUGUUGGUGGAGGGUUUGUACCUGCACAGUCUCCUGGCCAUAACCGUCUUCUCUGAGAGAAACUACUUCUAUGUGUACCUGUGCAUCGGCUGGGGUGCGCCGGUGAUAUUCGUGUUGCCAUGGGUGACUCUGAAGUAUCUGUAUGAAAAUGAUCUAUGCUGGGAGAAGAAUGUAAACAUGGGCUACUGGUGGAUCAUCCGCUCACCCAUCCUGUUUGCCUAUCUGAUUAAUUUCUUUAUAUUUAUUAGAAUUAUAAAGAUCCUGAUGUCCAAACUUAAGGCUCAUCAGAUGAGGUACACAGACUAUAAGUUCAGAUUGGCUAAAUCCACACUUACACUGAUUCCACUGUUGGGGAUUCAUGCCAUCCUCUUCACCUUCGUCAUCGAUGAGUCUGUGGACAGAGAAUCUCUCUUGCGGCUCAUUCGCCUCUUCUAUGACCUGUUCUUCAGCUCCUUCCAGGGUUUGUUGGUGGCCAUAUUGUACUGCCUUGUAAACAAAGAGGUACAGAAUGAGAUGUUGAAGCGAUGGAAGCGUUGGAAACUCGGGAAAGACAUCGAGGAGGAAUAUCGCAACACACACAGCCAAACGCCUCAUGGGAAGAGCGCUAGUGUCAACGCUCCUUUACCACCAGAACGUUCUGACACCCCUGAAUCUGCAGCGUCUGCCCCGCCCUCAGAGGAAAGCCGCCGUCUUGUGAUCAGCUGCCGGAAUGGUGCGAGGCUGGCGCAAGGGAUCGACAGGGUGGGGCUUCAGGAGGGCCCCAGUAACUGCAGCUCUCUGACCGAGGACAUUUGCUUAGAGGAGCGAAUUCACAACAAAGACCAUCCAAUAGAGACAGAGGAAUGUGACGUCUGAAGAAAAUUUGACCUCUUGGAGUUUUUGAUCAUAAUGUGUUCCAAAAAAAGGGAAAAGAAUAGUUUCUUAUGAUCAAAUUAUAACAAAUGUGUGAAAUAAUAGUACACACACUAAAAGACACAUAUACACUAUAUAAAUGGUGCACACUGUGAACAUCAUCCCAGUUUUGCAAAGGGAGGGGGUGGGUGGGAGUUGUGGGUGGUGGUGUUCUACCCGCGAUUUGACCCUCAUUAGCCACCAUACUGCAGUAAAUAACAACAGGGUGCGUAAACUUGGCUGUAUCCCAAAUUGUGGUUUUAUGUAAAUAGAAAAGAGAACACAGCAACCCUAAGCUACUGCAGGCUGUUCAGUAGCUAGCUUGCUAGUCUCGUCACACGGCCCUGACUGAGCACACAACACCGCAAAACUUUGACUUUAUUUCAUGACAUGCUCGGACUAACUCGAUGCUUGACGGUAAUUCUGAAUGUUACAACUGACAAAUGCUCUUAGUGCAUUAUGGAAAAUCCCAUGACCACUUAUUCUGUAGGACAACUCAAAAAUUACAACUUAAAGUGGCUUCUAGCAAAAUAAACAGAUGUUCAAACUUGCGUUCGACCCCCUGUAUUGACUGCUGAUGAAAUGGGCUUCGUCUUUGCCCCGAGCAAGCAGCAGGCAGAUCUGAAAAUCUCAUCACAGGAUUAGAUUUUAAAAUUUGACCUAACAUACAGCUGUGUAUUUAUGACAAUACAAGGACCCGAAUGAACCUUCCACAUGGAUAAAAAUGGCAGUGGACUGUGUGAGGCACCUCAUUAGUGUCAUCCAUGUUUCAGUGCAUUUCCUUUAUGGAGUCCUGUGUUACUGUUGUCAAAAUGUUUCUGGUACUCAUGAGGUUGAUGUAUGAAAGCACAAACACACACACACACUCAGUGUGUCAUUACAAUUCAGAAAUUCCACACAAAGGGGAAAAUGGUCCCUUUCUGAAUCAGACUUUUAAUGUCCUUUGGGUUUUGUUGGCCAAACAAAAGCAUCCGUGAUGACUAAACAGUAACAGUUAGACUCCACACACCUACAACAACACAUACACACACACACACAAUAUUUUAUUCAUGGUCAAGUCCACAGUGGUAGAAACCGGUGUGUGUGUUUGUGUGCAUGUGUGUGUUUCUACACUGUACAGGGUUUUUACCCUAAGCCACCAAGAGCUGCUGCUCUUCUCUAGAAAACUGUACAUGCUUCCUGAUCAUAAACCUAACCGGUGUCUCUAUCAUACAUUCUGAUAGCAUUUUUCUGGUCCCCAUGAGGCAGGAAUCUGAACGGUCCUCAUAAGUAAUACCAGACUUCAACAUUAAACUAAAUUCACUAAUCCAAUUUAUUAAACAGAACCAUAUAAAAAAUAAGUUGUUUGGGGGAAACAAAUCUGAAUUAAUGAAUCAAUUUAAUCUAGUAAUAUUAAUAGUAAUAACAUGAAUAAAUUAAGGCUCUAAAGUGACUCUAUCAAACACUGAAACUAAAUUUUACACAAGUAUCAACUGUGAAAACUUCCCUGUGUAAAUACGGUCACAACUUUGUAUAUUGGCAGCUUGUCAGGUGUUCUUUUUUUUUUUUUUUUUUUUUUUUUUUUAAUUCGCAGGAGUACUAGAGCUAGAGAAAACAGGGGGUUAUUUUCAUGGGUGGCAGCUACUCGUUUGUGUCAUUCAUUUGGCCACGCCCACAGCAUCGCUGAGAGAAAAACAUUCCAAAGGAUCUUAUAACAUUGUGAGUUAUCAUAUUUCAGUAAGAGGGACCAAGAACAACGACUUUUUCAGGUCCUCAUAAUGAGAUGAACGCCAGCACACACACACACACACACACACAUUCUCUCUCUCUCUCUCUCUCUCUCUCUCUCUCGUCCAGGUCAUAAAUUACACAGGAUGGGAAAGACAUUUCUCCUCAACGUCCUGUGUGUAUUUUCUUUUUAUACUUCAAACUCUGAUGGCUUUUUGGGUCUUAAAUUCCUCAACGCCACAGGGAAAAAUAAAAUAAUACAAAAAUUGCUCGGACGAUCACACUUCUGAUACGUUUUUGUGGACUUCUAAGUUGCACAUGUUUUAAACUCGGUGCUCGCUGUCAUUGUGGAAAAAAAUAUUUAUUAUGAAAUGGCUGAUAAUAUUGUGUGUGUCUUCAGCGUGUCUGCUUUCUUAUGUGUGUCCCAUAGUGCUUUAUUGAACAGGGCAUGUCAUAUGUGAUGAAAAGAUAUAACGUGAUACAGUUAUUUAUACAUAUGUCACUUUUUUCAUUUGUAAAUGAAAGAAAAAGAGAAAAUAUUAUAAUA